ACCGGUGGGGGGGGGCAGCCUGCUCCCUCCGGGCCACGGCAUAAAGAAAGGGCGGAGAGGCCGACACAGGCCGCGGCUGGGAGGCCGGUGGGUGGGGGGGGCGGCACAGAGCAGCGGAGCUCCCCAAAACAGCCGCCCCUUCCCCGCGCCGCUCGGCGGAUUGAUUAUCUUUGAAUACAGAGCUGCUAGACUUUCUGGCUUUAUCAAAGUUAACUAACAAAUGGAAGAAAAGUGGUAUUAUACAGAAAACAAUGGCAGUGGAGAUAACCGUCAAAAUACUCAAAGGCGGAGUGAUUCAGUUUCUAGUUCAUCAAGGCGCAUCCACCGAGCUCUUGAAAAACUGGUAUCUAAUUCAGCGGUCUCUCUGGAUCUAAGUCGAAAAGAUUUACAACAUCUUACUGCAGAAAUGUAUAGAUUAUUUAACCUUAGAUAUUUACAUCUGGAAGGAAAUUCCCUUUGUGUAAUUCCUGAAGAUUUUUUUCAGAGUCUGUCAAAUCUUACUUGGCUAGAUCUGCGCUAUAAUAAGUUGAAAGAGCUUCCUUCUGGGAUUGGAUGCCACAAGCAGCUGAAAACUCUCCUGUUAGAGAGAAAUCCUAUUAAAAGGCUACCAGUGGAGCUUGGCAACGUAGCUUCCCUGACAGCCUUAAAUCUCAGGCAUUGCCCUCUGGAAUUUCCCCCCCUUGAAGUGAUACAGAAGGGUCUGCCGUGCAUUUUAUGCUUCCUCCGAAAGAACUGUCAUCAAAAUGUUGAGUAUGCCGAGUCUAUUUCUCCAGACUUGCCUUCUCCGCUAGAACAAGAAGCAAAGGCCAUUGUUAGAGAAUACAAGAAAAAAUGUGACAGACCUCCUGAUCGUAGGAAAGCUUUCAACGCUUUGUGGAAACAGAUGAGCCUCUUUAAAAUGCCUCCUGUUGAAAAAUUAAAUUUGGCAGACAUCAUGAAAUCCAGUUUGGAUUUGUCCGACGGAUGGCCCAAUGAGGAGGAGAUGAUACGAUUUAAGAAGCUACGGGAUGAACUUAUCCAAGAUGAAAGACAAGAUUAUCCUGAAGACAAAAUAGCAACCAAUGACUCUCUGCUUACAUUAAGGAGAACCAGGACAAAGGAAAGCCUUUCUCGCAAAUCAUCCAUACUUUCAUCAAGGGAUAAAAAGAAUCUGUUUCCUGCUGCUUCAUCAUAUGAUUUCAUAAUCCAGAGUAAGAUGGCAGAGGAGUGCAGAUUGGCAGCAUUAAAAGAAAUGAGGGGAAAACAAGCUUUAAUUGAACAGCGGAGAAAAGAUAAAGAAGUUCUUCAGAAAUGGAGAAAACAGUCCAGAAAGAUAAGAGAAAAGAAAGGAAUAUAUACAUAUUCACCCCAAAAAGGAAAUACAAUGGUAUCCCAAAACGCACCUUAUGCUACCGAUAAUAUUAAGAGCAAUGACAAGCUAGACAGUUGGAGAGAACCAUCUGACCUGGAUGAGCACAUAGAAACAGCGCAAAAUAUAAAUUCAAUAAAAGCCACUGAUACCUUCAGGGCUGCAAAAUACAAGGAAGUAGAAAAUCGCAUUAAACAGCACACACAAUUAAUGAAAGAAAAAAGAAAAAAGUUAAGAGGAUUACCCAAAGAAGAUAUGGAAAAAGCAAAUCAAGACCUUGAAACUGUUGAACAUUUGGAGGGGGAGCUUACUGAAUUGAAGAAGGACCUUCACAAGGAGUAUCGUUUCACCGCUUUUACAGGCGAGCUGCUCCCCACAGCAGAUAAUCUCCUACCCACAAAUAUAUUUUCUAAAAUGACAUUUUAAGUGGAUGAAAGACUGUCUCUCACGCAGCAGCCUCUCACUGGCUGUUUUUCUGGGGAAUCUGUUUUUUAAAGAAACUUUAUAAAACUACGUAUUCCCUCUCUAUUGUUGUUUAUGUUUCUACUUCAUAAAGUUAGAAUUUAUGCCCUAAGCCUUUGGAAAACCUUAUGAUGUAGUUGUAGUGUAGGUUUAAAGAUAGUGUGGUUGCAUUUUGUUCCUUCUAUCUUCUCAGAAUUAUUUUGUGAAGGUAUGUUUCAUAAUUUAAUCUGUAUUAAGUAUCAAAGUUUUUUAUGUAAUUGCAUAUUGUGCUAAUUCUGGUAUAGUAACCUCAAAUAGGUUUUUUGAGAAUGGGAGAUGAUCAACUUGACAUUUCAUCACUCUUAAACCAGUGGAUCUCUUCUCCCCCUCCCCCACCAAAAAACCCUCAUUGAGAAGAUUUAGAGUGAUAUUUAGCUCAUUAGCAUCUGCGUGGCUUAGCUGAGAGGCCUAUUUUCCAGAUUAAGAUAAUAUUUGGCUUCAAAGUUUCUAACCAUAUAUCAGAUUUUAUUUUUGUGCCCUCAAAAGGGAUAAAGCUUGUCACUGAACUUGGAUCCUCAAGGAUUUUGUUAUUACGGAAAUGUCAAGGCUGAUGGAAAGCUACACAUUGAACUUGAGAGGUAUGGCUAGCAAACAAAUCUCACGGAUAAAAUGCAUUUUAUCAUAUUAAGCAAAUAACUUCUACCGAGACCCAUUGCUCUUGUCUCCAUGUGUGAUGUUUGGAGUCAUUUAAGGAAUGCAGAUAUUUUGCUUAAAUACCAAGAAAUCAGUGGCAAAGUGUCAAGAGUAAAGAGGCUGCUCUGAUCUUUCUGUAUUUCUUUCAAUGAUUUAUGUAACCGCCCACUCGGCAUAUAACUCAGCCUCCUUAGAUUUAAACAAUCAAAGACAGGAUGCGACUGUAGCAGCUGUAUUGCUCUUGAUACAAUAAACAGCUGGUGUUUCUUCUCUGUUUCCGAGUCCUGCCUCUGAUUAGUGCUUGGCUUGGGGCGAAAUAACAUUUUCAGGUGAAAUAUACUUUCUAGCAGGCUUGCAUUAUGGUGGCUACUAAUACUAGCCGUCUGUGAUUGUAUCCUAUUCCACAUAAUGAAAGGGAGUGAUAACGCUGAACUUCCAGGAGGGAAGAACUUUUUUUUUAAUGUUCAGAACAGCUGGAAGCAGCAGGAAUGGGAAUUACCCUUUAUUUACAACUCCAUAAAAAAUGUACGAUUAGCGCUGACUAGCCAUCUUCAGAAUGGAGCUAAGGUGGCUUGUUCAGUUUCAUUGGUUUAUUGCAAAGCUUUCCUAGACUGAGCUUUCCUACUUGAGAGGCCGCCUGCUGCCAAUCACCCCCCCCCAAAGACCCC